GUCGGGCGGGGGCGGGGGCGAAGGGGCCGGGAGGGAAGCGGAGGGAGCCGAGGACCCUGUGCCUGCCCCCCCCGGCGUGGUGCUGGGAGCAGGGGGGUUGCCCCGCCCGGCUGCAGGAGCCAGCCUCCUGCCUGGCUGCUCUCGGUCACGCCGGCUGCUGCUGGCCGGCUCCCUGCCGCUGGCGUGAGGCAGACGUGCCGGCCUCUCCUGGGCUGGGCUCCGGCCCCGCUCACGCGGCUGCCGGCGGCGGCUCCUGCCUGGUGCCGCGCUGCGCUCCCUGCCGCGGAGCCCAUCCCCUGACGCUGCCGGGGAGGGAGGCUUGAGAGGAGCAGCCGCCGCCUAAUGGCGAGCCCCGCUGGUUGUUUACCGUGGCUCCCGGGCGGGUUCAUGGUGACGGUCAGGGCUCUGCUCUUCUGGGCGCUGGUGUAUAGCUACUGCGCAGCCUGCGCCUGCAUAGAGCUGCUGAAACUUUUGUGGAGCAUCGGAAGGAGUCCAGGCAAGACCUUCCAGCGGAUCAUCCGGGAGAAUCCUCCAGCCUGCCUCAGUGAUCCCUCCUUGGGCACCCACUGCUACGUGAGAAUUAAGGAUUCAGGGUUAAGAUUCCACUAUGUAGCUGCUGGAGAACGGGGUAAACCACUCAUGCUGCUGCUUCAUGGCUUUCCAGAGUUCUGGUAUUCUUGGCGCCAUCAAUUGCGAGAAUUUAAAAGUGAAUAUCGAGUUGUGGCACUGGAUUUGAGAGGUUAUGGAGAAACAGAUGCUCCUUCUCACCAGGACUAUUACAAGUUAGAUUGCCUAAUUACAGAUAUAAAGGAUAUUUUGGAAUCUCUAGGGUACAAUAAGUGUAUGCUGAUUGGCCAUGACUGGGGUGGAAUGAUCGCUUGGUUAGUUGCUAUUUGUUAUCCGGAAAUGGUGACCAAGCUUAUUGUGGUUAAUUUCCCUCAUCCCUCUGUAUUUACAGAAUACAUUCUACGACAUCCUUCACAAUUGAUUAAAUCUGGUUACUACUUCUUUUUCCAAAUGCCUUGGUUUCCUGAAUUCAUAUUUUCAGUAAAUGAUUUCAAGAUUCUGAAAAACUUGUUUACCAGUCGGACUACUGGAAUUGGAAGGAAAGGCUGUCGAUUAACAGCAGAGGACAUUGAAGCUUACCUUUACAUCUUUUCUCAACCUGGAGCACUUACUGGACCCAUUAACCACUACAGAAAUAUUUUCAGUUGCCUACCUCUGCAGCACCAUGAGGUCACCAUGCCUACCUUGUUGUUAUGGGGAGAAAGAGAUGCAUUUAUGGAAGUUGAGAUGGCAGAAACUACUCGAAUUUAUGUUAAAAAUCAUUUCAGAUUAACUAUUUUGUCUGAAGCCAGUCACUGGCUCCAGCAGGAUCAACCUGACAUAGUUAACAAGUUGAUAUGGACCUUUCUAAAAGAAGAGACAAUAAGAAAAAGAGAGUGACUUUUUCUACAUGUUUUAAAGGUCUGCAUAAAAGCUCUUACAUUUAAAAAUUAAUUAUUAGCAGGACCAUAUUUCCAGCCUACCUUCUAAUUUGGGCUCUGUUAGGGAAAAGUGUUUUCAAUGUACUGUACGUAUUGACACCGAUGUUAGUACUAAAAGAAGAUAGUGUGAGAACAUAUAAUGUUAACAUUGGUUUUACCUGUAUUCUUGUAUUUUGCACAUAAAAACACCUGCCUUAAAAUGUAUGUGUUUGUACAGUAAGGAAAUCAUGGAAAGUUACUUGGUUCUGGUUUCUCACUUGCUUUACACUUGUAAUAUAUGGUGCCUUUCACAAACUUAUAAUGAAACACUGGCAGGCUGCCAUAUGAAAAGGAAGUCAGGUAUCAGCUGGACUAUCAGUUUUCAUUCAACCAGUUGAAUUUUUUUUUUUUUACUGUAUUGUACCAUUACAAAAGUUACCAAGUAUUUUAUUGUUUACAUUUUACUGUAUCAGUCUAAAGAAAACAAAUUUCUGGGCAAAUCUGUGGUCUUCAAGUGGUAUAUCACACAUACCUUGUUGUAUUGUGAAAUUACAGCUGUUUUAUGUGGUAUAUUUUCUUCUUAAUUGAAAAAAGGGAUCUGUCCACAUGUAACGUAUCUGGACAAGAAGAAUGGGAAAUGAAGAGCUAUAUAUUCAUGAUUUAUGUAUCAAAUCCACUUCUAUCUAAUAAAAUGUAAUUUAAAUUGUACCCUCUACCUGACUCUUUACAGAGAGAUUUGUUACUAAAGCUGAAUAGCAGUUUUGAAAA